AUGCCUCUCGUCGACAACGACCAGAUCCAGGCGGCCACCCUGCACAACCCGCUGCCACUUUCGUUGCACCUCUACGUCUGGCCUUUCCUCAUCGUUUGGCCGCUUUUCCUUUCCGUCUACCUGUCGCCCUCGCAGUAUGAGAAGCACAUCCAGUCCUCCGAGUGGACCUUUGUCUGGUGCGGCUCCAUCAUCACUGUUCAGUCGCUCAUCUGGCUCAGCACCCACUGGAGCGUUGACCUGAAGGCCCUGUUCACCGCGACCAAGGCCAAAGAUGUCCGCAGCGCAACACUCAUCAAAGUCCAACCCAUUGCCAAUGCCGGCGCGGCCGAGAUCUGCCCGCUGAAGCGCGACAAUGUUGGCGGCAAGCAGAACCUCUCCUUCCUCUUCCAGAAGCGCCGGUUCCUCUACCAUGCCGAGGAGGAUACGUUCGCGACUCUGUCCUACUCGAUCGACGCCGAGCCAAAGCCCGUCAUCAGCUCCUUCCAAAGCUCGCGUGGCCUGACCAGUGCUGCUGAGGUGCAGCGCAUCCACGAGCACUAUGGCGACAACUCGUUCGAUAUCCCCGUCCCCACCUUUCUCGAGCUCUUCAAAGAGCACGCCGUCGCGCCUUUCUUCGUCUUCCAGAUCUUCUGCGUCGGCUUGUGGAUGCUGGACGAAUACUGGUACUACUCGCUGUUCACCCUGUUCAUGCUGGUCGCCUUUGAGAGCACCGUUGUGUGGCAGCGUCAACGGACAUUGAACGAGUUCCGCGGCAUGAGUAUCAAGCCAUACGACGUCUGGGUCUUCCGGGAGAACAAGUGGCAGGAAAUCGAAAGCGACAAGCUGCUUCCUGGCGACCUUGUCUCCGUGGAGCGCACCAAGGAAGACAGUGGCGUGGCAUGCGACAUGAUUCUGGUUGAGGGUACCGCUAUCGUGAACGAGGCAAUGUUGUCUGGAGAGAGCACGCCUGUCCUGAAGGAUUCUAUCCAGCUGCGCCCGGGAGAUGCUCACAUCGAUCCCGAAGGUUUGGAUAAAAACGCACUGCUGUGGGGUGGUACCAAGGUCCUCCAGGUCAGCCACGGAAAUCCUAGCGAGGACGCUGCCGAUGCCAUUCCCCGCCUUGCCUCAGGCGUUCCCCCGCCACCGGACAAAGGCGCUGUUGCCAUUGUAGUCAAGACGGGAUUCGAAACAAGUCAGGGUAGCCUCGUGCGCACCAUGAUUUACUCCACCGAGCGUGUAUCCGCCAACAACGUCGAGGCUUUGCUUUUCAUCCUUUUCCUGCUCAUCUUCGCCAUUGCCGCAUCUUGGUAUGUCUGGCAAGAGGGUGUGCUUAGGGAUCGUAAGCGGUCGAAGCUGCUUCUGGACUGUGUCCUCAUCAUCACCAGUGUGGUCCCGCCGGAGCUUCCUAUGGAGUUGAGCUUGGCCGUCAACACAAGCCUUGCUGCCCUCAGCAAGUACGCCAUCUUCUGCACUGAGCCUUUCCGCAUUCCGUUCGCCGGCCGCGUUGAUGUCGCCUGUUUCGACAAGACUGGUACCCUGACUGGUGAAGAUCUUGUUGUUGACGGCAUUGCCGGCCUGGGUCUCGGCCGGCCAGAAGUUAAGGCCGAGGCCGAUGGGGCUCAGACUCAGCUGGUGCCGGUUAAUCAGGUCGGUCCUGAUUCCACGUUGGUUCUCGCCACAGCCCAUGCCCUGGUUAAACUCGACGAAGGAGAUAUUGUUGGUGAGCCCAUGGAGAAAGCAACCCUGCAGGCUCUUGGGUGGGUCCUUGGUAAGCAGGAUACUCUCACCAACAAAAUCGGGCGUACGAGCGUCGCGGAACUAGUUCAGAUCAAACGCCGUUUCCAGUUUUCCUCAGCCCUCAAGAGGCAGAGCUCCAUCGCCACGGUUUUGGCCACGAACCCGAAGACUGGGAAGAAAGCGAAGCACACUUUUGUUGGCGUGAAAGGGGCUCCGGAGACAAUUCGUAACAUGCUGGUCAACACCCCGCCCAAGUACGAGGAAACUUACAAGCACUUUACCAGAAACGGCGGUCGUGUGCUGGCCCUGGCAUACAAGCGUCUUUCCACCGAGGACGAGAUCAGCCAGAAGAGGAUUAACGACCUGAAGCGUGAGGAAGUCGAAUGCGAUCUCCACUUCGCUGGUUUCCUAGUCCUUCAGUGCCCACUCAAAGAUGACGCAAAGAAGGCCGUUCAAAUGCUCAAUGAGAGCAGCCAUCGCGUGGUUAUGAUUACCGGUGACAACCCGCUCACCGCUGUCCAUGUGGCUCGUCAAGUGGAGAUCGUUGACAGGGACUGCUGGAUCUUGGAUGCUCCGGAGAAUGAUGACUCGGGCACGAAUCUUGUUUGGAGAAGCAUUGACGACAAGGUCAACAUCCCAGUCGACCCUACUCAAGAGCUUUCCCCGGAAAUUAUCAGCACAAAGGACAUCUGCGUUACAGGAUAUGCCCUGAGUAAGUUCAAGGAUCAGAAAGCGUGGCAUCAGCUCCUCCGCCAUACCUGGGUCUACGCGCGUGUUUCGCCCAAGCAGAAGGAAGAAAUUCUUCUUGGACUGAAGGACGCUGGUUACACUACUCUCAUGUGUGGUGAUGGCACGAAUGAUGUUGGUGCACUGAAACAGGCUCACAUCGGCGUCGCUCUUCUCAAUGGUACGAAGAACGACCUGGACAGGAUUGCCGAGCAUUUCAGAACGACGAAGAUGAAGGAGGUGUACGAAAAGCAGGUGUCUCUCAUGCAGCGCUUCAAUCAGCCCACGCCUCCAGUGCCGCCUAUGAUUGCGCACCUGUAUCCGCCUGGACCGACGAACCCGCAUUAUGAGAAGGCGAUGAAACGUGAGCAAGACAAGAAGAUCAGCAAGGGUAUCACAGCUGCCGAGGAGGCUGCAAAGGCAAACGGAGUCAGUUUGCCAGCGUCGGGCGCCGUUGCCGCGGCCCCGGAUGAGACCCCCUCCCAGAGAAAUCAACGCUUGGCUCAGGAAAAGGCACAAAGCCUGGCGGACAGGUUGCAGAUGUCCAUGAUGGAGAACGAGCUGGAUGACAGUGAGCCUCCAACGAUCAAGCUCGGCGACGCGUCCGUUGCGGCGCCCUUUACCAGCAAGCUGGCCAACGUUAUCGCCAUACCCAACAUCAUCCGCCAGGGACGCUGCACCCUCGUUGCUACGAUCCAAAUGUACAAGAUCUUGGCCCUCAACUGUCUCAUCAGCGCAUACAGCUUGAGCGUGCUCUACCUGGACGGGAUCAAAUUCGGUGACGGGCAGGUUACCAUCAGCGGCAUGAUGAUGAGCGUCUGCUUCCUGUCCAUUUCUCGGGCCAAGCCUGUCGAGGCGCUUUCUAAGGAACGCCCGCAGCACAACAUCUUCAACGUCUACAUCAUCGGCUCUGUCCUCGGGCAGUUCGCCAUCCACAUUGUUACUCUCAUCUACAUCUCUCAAUAUGUGCAGCGCACGGAGCCUAAGAGCGACGACGUGGACCUGGAGGGCGAGUUUGAACCGUCCCUCCUCAACAGUGCCAUCUAUCUCCUGCAACUCAUCCAGCAGAUUUCCACGUUCGCGAUCAAUUACCAGGGUCGGCCGUUCCGGGAAUCGAUCCGUGAGAACAAGGGCAUGUACUACGGUCUCGUUGGCGUGGCGUUUGUUGCCUUCUCUUGCGCGACCGAGUUCAUUCCCGAAAUCAACGAGAAGCUACGCCUGGUGCCUUUCACGAACGAGUUCAAGGCUACGAUGACGGUGGUCAUGAUCAUCGAUUACGUCGGCUGCUUUGUCAUUGAGAAGACGCUGAAGUUCUUCUUCAGCGACUACAAACCCAAGGACAUUGCGGUACGCAGGAAGGACCAGAUUGAGAGGGAGGAGGCCAGGAAGAAGCUGGAGGCCGAAGAGGCUGAGAGGAAGAAGGAGCAGUAG